UGGGUAUAAAAAGAGAACGUAAAAGUUGCUCACAGCACAGUUGAUACGAAAUUUUUGUGUGUUUUUGUAUUUAGUAGAGACCGGAUUGUAAAGCGACGAUCAAAUUCGAUUCAAAAUGAAACAGUGCUUAGUUUUGAUUAUUGCCUUGUUCGGAGCCGCUGUGGCCCAAGAAAGCUUCAAAUGCCCAGAUGACUUUGGCUUCUACCCACAUGAAACAUCGUGUGAUAAAUAUUGGAAAUGUGAUAAUAAUGUAGCUGAAUUGAAAACAUGCGGAAACGGUCUUGCUUUCGAUGCAUCGGAUAUGAAAUUCUUGACAGAAAACUGUGAUUAUUUGCACAACGUUGACUGCGGCGAUCGUACCCAACUUGAACCAGCAAUUUCAACCACACACUGUUCUCGUUUGUACGGUAUUUUCGCCGAUGAAAACAAAUGCGACGUUUUCUGGAACUGCUGGAACGGUGAAGCAAGCCGUUAUCAAUGUUCACCUGGAUUGGCUUAUGAUCGUGAAGCUCGUGUUUGCAUGUGGGCUGACCAAGUUCCAGAAUGUAAAAACGAAGAAGUUGCCAACGGAUUCGCUUGCCCAGCACCAGGUGAAGUUUCAAAUGCCGGUUCAUUCUCGCGUCAUGCUCAUCCAGAAGAUUGCCGAAAAUAUUACAUCUGCUUGGAAGGUGUUGCACGUGAAUAUGGUUGCCCAAUCGGAACAGUAUUCAAAAUUGGAGACAGCGAUGGUACUGGCAACUGCGAAGACCCAGAAGAUGUUCCAGGAUGCGAAGACUACUACGGAGACUUGGAUUUGAAGAGCAUUCGUAAGAGUGAAUUGUUAGCUGGUAUUGCAACCACAUCAAACAAACAACCACAUAAACCACGUCCAGCCGCCGAAAAGGAAGCGUAAAUUAAGGACACAAUUGUUUGCCUUUCCUUUUCUACUUAGUUAAACAAAACAAAAAAAAAACUUUACCUUAUAAUCUGUGUCUCGAAAUAAUUUAUAAUAUAUUAUUUGACAAAAAAAAGAAAAAGAAAUAAAACGAAAAAAAUAAUAAAAAACAAAACAAAAAUUCAAUCAACCGACCACAAAACAAUCAAUAGAAGGAUGAAAAAUAAAUUAUGACAAUGUGAAAGAACAAGAAUAGAAGACAACAUUAUCAAAAACAAAACACACACACACACACACAACCAAUGUGGAAUCACAUUUAUUUUGCAAUAUCCAACAAAUAAAAAUGAAAAUAAACAUUGAUUGUCUUAUUGUUUCAUUUCGAAAAUGUCCCCGUCAUUUGAGCCAAUCCAAAACAAAAUCAUUUGUUAUGUUUUCACACACGAAUUGUUUUCGAUGUUCCACGUCAUUUCUUUUUUUCUUGUUGGCAUCAUUCAAAAUUGCGAGAACACGAGACGUUUUAUUAUUAUAGUGGAUACGUAUUUUUUUCUUCUUCUUAAGAAUUAUUACAAGAACAACUUUUUCUUUGCCUUGCGUCCAACAGACAAAAACGGCAAUCAAUCUUAUUUUCUUAUUUUUAUUGAUUUAUAUUUGUGCGAGACUGUUAAUGUAUAGGAAAACAAAAAAGACAACA